GCGUAAGAGCGAUAUAACUAUCAACACGAAUCGAUGAUACAACUAAACAACAAACAAAAUGCAGAUCACGAUUUCUGUACAUUUUAAGAACACUAUUAGAUGAAUUAAUGGUGUAAUUAAUAUUUAAAGUACCCGGUAGUUAAUUUAAUUGUAAUUCUUUGAUACUGGAUUUGAAGGAACGGUUGAAAAAGUAUUAACCGGAACAUUUCAAGUGAAGUUGACUAGGAAAGAACAUAUUGGGGAAUAUAAGAACAAUUUUGUCUCAUUAACUGUUUCGCAAACCCUGGAUAAAAGCCAUCGGUGAAAUAUCAAGUGAUUAGUUUUAUAUUUUAUUCUGUUUCAAGAAAAACAAACGCAGAUAUCUGUAUUAAUUUUGUUAAUAUACGCACGUUACACUUAAUAUCUGUUAGGCGUAUCCGGAUACAGAGAACAAGGGAGAACACUGUCGUAGAAAGUAGACAAGUCGCAAUUCCUACUCAUAUUAAAGGGAUGGAGAUUUCGUUGAAUAUAUUAUACCUGAUUGCCUUGAUUUCUGUGGUGAUUUUCAAUAUAAGGACAGCGAAUGCUUUUCCUCAUUAUGAAACGGGACAUGAAAAACCUGGAAAAGUUAAAGUAAAGACCAUUGACACUGGCGUAAGGCAAAGACGUUCCCUGGACGCAUUUCCGGACGAACUCGACGUUGACUUGUCAACAGAAGAAAUAAGUAUAAGUUUACAUCAUGUAAGAAGAAAUUUUGAUAUUCCAAAUGAAUUUCCCGUCCACCUUAUGAGGAAUGGUGAAGUAAAGAAAUACAGCUUCGAGAGUAAACGGAAAGUUGCUUAUUAUUUCGAUACUACAUCUGGUGCCGCCUUUAUGGCAUGGCCUAAAUCUGAACAGAACGGUACUGCUGAGGACUUUGAUGUUUACGGAACGUUCAUAUCAGGUAUAUCAGAAUAUUUUGUCCAGCCACCAAAAGAUAAGCAAAGUUCUUUUACAGUCUCGAAACUUUCUGAGAAAGAGAAAACACUUUCGGAUUAUGUCACCUUAUCAGAUACUGAUGCCAUGAUAAUGCAAGACAAAGUGGAAAACCUUAGAAAUGCUAACAAUCCUACCAAAAGAGAAAGAAGACAGACAACAACAGCUUACGAAAUAGAAAUAUUCUUUGUUCUAGACUAUGCUAUGUAUCAAGAAUGGUAUGCCACGACAGAAGGUCAGGCAGACAGAAAAUCUGCAACUAUAGAAUACAUGACACAGUUUACCGCUUUUAUAUUAAAUGCAAUCGAUCUUCGAUAUCAAACUGUCACUAACUAUGGUUAUACUAUCAAAUGCCUUUUUGCAGGGAUUUACAUCGCAGAUACUCCAGAUAGAGCACCUUUUGUGGAAAAUAAUUUAUACUCUUAUGGUUUUGUUGCGGACGAAGUUCUAGACGCAUUCAGAGUUUGGGGAGAGGCCAACUUAGGAACUGCUAACUACGACCAUGCGAUGCUGUUUUCUGGGUAUGAGAUGGGCAGAAAUUUUAACGGAGUAUUUGAUCCUGUUACAGCAGGUUUUGCAUACUAUCCAACAUAUAACGACGGAGGUGGACUAGAAGAACCCGGAGUGUGUGGAAGCAACAAAUAUUCUAUCAACGAAGGUGGCGGCUUUGAUCCGAAGAUGGCGACUGUUGGAGCACACGAACUUGGUCACAAUCUUGGGUCAUUUCAUGACGGUUCAUCAAAUAAUUGUAGUGGUGGAUAUGUAAUGGAACCGUCCUCCGGUGUAAGCAUUGAUCCCGUCGACAACCUUCUUUUGUGGAUAUUUUCGUCAUGCUCCCAGGACUAUUUUGAUGUGUAUAUCAACGACUUGAAUGGCGCGCAAGCAAACUGUAUGACAAGUCGGCAGGCAAACAAUGCUAGCGACCUUGACCCUUACGUGAAUGACACUGCAGGUCAAGUUUAUGGCCCUGAUGUUCAGUGCGAAAGGAUACAGGGGCAAGGUUCAUACUUGGCUAGGGGCUACCUCAACAAUGAUUAUUCCAACUUGUGUGCUUUAAUGCCGUGUUCAGCAACUGCCAACAAUGGAUCAGUAUUCUUUAGAAUACCCUGGGAAGGUACAACGUGUGGGGUUGGUAAGGUUUGUCAGUCUGGAUCCUGUGUCGAGUCUCCAUCAGCCCCACAAGCAGGCAACGAAACUUGUCUAUUUGGAGAUGUUCCGUACAAUGUGCCCGGUCAGUCCUCCAACUGUAGAGAAUUCUUGGGAAGUGAUGCCACGUCUUACAGAUGUUACCAAGAAAGCUACAGAGAAAGUUGUUGUGCCACUUGUGAGGAGAUAAAACAAACCAACACAGCAUACACAGACUGCGAGUAUGGUGACAGAUUCAGCAAUUGUGACGAUUUAACAAACGCAAAUCUUUACUCAUGCAGCGACGAAGGUUUUCGAGGCAAUUGUUGUAAAACAUGUGUGCAUAAAGCCUUAGAUAUUCCAGACUGCAACUAUGGUGACAGAUUCAGCAAUUGUGACAAUUUAACAGACUCAAAUCUUUAUUCAUGCAACGACGCAGAUUUUCGAGCUGGCUGCUGUAAAUCAUGUGCGGAUAAAGCCUUAGAUAUUCCAGACUGCACAUAUGGUGACAGAUACAGCAAUUGUGACUCGGAAACAGACUCAAAUCUUUACUCAUGCAACGACACAGAUUUUCGAGCAGGCUGUUGUAAAUCAUGUGCGGAUAAAGCCUUAGAUAUUCCAGGUUGUCCGUAUGGAGACAAAUAUACUAAUUGUGCAGACUUAUCCUGCAGUUCAAAUCCUGACGAUUGCUGUGAAACAUGUGCACCUUCCACUACUUCCACAACAACCACAACGUCAACAACAACCACGAGUCCUACAACAACAACCACAACUCCUACAAUAACAACAACACCUACAACGACAACCACAACGCCUUCAACAACAACCACAACACCUAUAACCACAACGCCUACAACAACAGCAACCACGACGCCUACAACAACAACCAUAACUCCUACAACCACAACCACAAAGCCUACAAUAACAACAACUACUACAACGCCUUCAACAACAACCACAACUCCUACAACGACAACCACAACGCCUACAAAAACAACAACAACCACAACGCCUACAACAACAACCACAACUCCUACAACCACAACGCAUACAACAACAAUAACAACUACAACACCUUCAACAACAUCUCCUACAACAUCAACAACUGCCACCCCUCCAACAACAACUACAACGCCUUCAACAACAACCACAACUCCUACAAUGAUAACAACUACUACCACUCCUGCAACAACAACGCCUACAACAACUACCACAACAACAACUAUCACUUCAACAACAACAACCACAACUCCUACAACAACUACAACUCCUACAACCACAACUACAACUCCUACAUCGACAACAACUACUACCACUCCUACAACCACACAAACAACUACCACUCCUACAACAACAACCACAUCGCCUACAACAACUACCACUCCUACAACCACAACUACAACUCCUACAUCGACAACAACUACUUCCACUCCUACAACCACAACAACAACUCCUACAACGACAACAACAACUACCACUCCUACAACAACAACCACAACUCCUACAACCACAACCACAACGCCUACAACAACAAACACUACCACUUCAACAAUAACAACCACUACUCCUACAACAACUACCAUUCCUACAACCACAACUACAACUCCUACAUUGACAACAACUACUACCACUCCUACAACCACAACAACAACUACCACUCCAGCAACAACAACCACAACUUCUACAACUACUACCACUCCUACAACCACAACAUCAACUCCUACAACGACAACAACAACUACCACUCCUACAGCCACAACUACAACGCCUUCGACAACAACCACAACUCCUACAACCACAACCACAACAACAACCACAACUCCUACAACGACAACCACAACACCUACAACCACAACCAUAACUCCAACAACUGCCGCUCAACACUCAACCACAACUACAACGCCUUCAACAACAACCACAACUUCUACAACCACAACUACAACACCUACAACAACAACCAUAACUCCUACAACGACAACAACAACUACCACUCCUACAACGCCUACAACAACAACUACAAAGGCUACAACAACAACUACAACGCCUUCAACAACAACCACAACUUCUACAACCACAACCACAACACCUUCAACAACAACCAUAACUCCAACAAUUGCCACUCCUACAACUACAAUGCCUAAAACAACAACCACAACUCCUUCGACAACCACUACCACUUCUAAAAUCACAACUACAACGCCUUCAACAACAACCACAACUCCUACAACCACAACCACAACACCUACAACAACAAUAAUAACUCCAACAACUGCCACUCCUACAACUACAACGCCUAAAACAACAACCACAACUCCUUCUACAUCCACUACCACUCCUACAAUCACUACCACAACGCCUUCAACAACAACCACAACUCCUACAACGACAACAACUACUACCACUCCUACAACCACCACCACAACUCCUACAACAACAACCACAACCUCUACAACCACAACAAGAACUCCUACAACAACAACUGUAACUCCAACAGCAACUACAACAACAACCACUACUCCUUCAUCAGCAACAACUACUAUUCCUACAACAACAAUCAUUACUCCUUCAGCAACUAGAGCAACAACCACUACUCCUUCAUCAGCAACAACUACCACUCCAACAACAAGAAACACAACUCGUUCAACAAGGACUACUUCCACUCCUACAACCACCACCAGAACUCCUACAACAACAACCACCACCACUCCUGAAACAACAACAACAACUACAACUCCUACAACCACAACCACAACUUCUUCGACAACAACCACCACUCCUACAACCACAACCACAACUCCUUCGACAACAACCACCACUCCUACAACCACAAUCACAACUCCUACAUCAACAGCUACCACUUCUACAACAACAACAACCACAACUCCUUCAACAACAUCAACUACCACUCCUACAUCAACAAUCACACCUCCUUCGACAACAACAACUACCACUCCGACAACAACAACAACGACAACUCCUUCGACAACAACCACAACAACUCCUUCAACAACUGCCACUCCUACAACAACAACCACAUCGCCUACAACAACAACUACAGCUCCUUCACCAAAAUCUACCAUUACAUCUUCUACAACGACAACCACCACCACAACUCCUUCAAUAACCACUACAAGUCCUACAACAACAACCUCCACUCCUACAACAAAAACUGUCACUCCUAAAGUAGCAACUGCCACUCCUACAACAACAACCACAACUCCUACAACAAAAACUACAACUCCUACACCAACAUCUACCACUACAACUUCUACAACGACAACUACCACCACAACUCCUUCAACAAUCACUAUAAGUCCUACAACAACAACUUCCACUCCUACAACAACAACUGUCACUCCUACAACAACAACUACAACUCCUACACCAACAUCUACCACUACAACUUCUACAACGACAACUACCACCACAACUCCUUCAACAAUCACUAUAAGUCCUACAACAACAACUUCCACUCCUACAACAACAACUGUCACUCCUACAACAACAACUACAACUCCUACAACGACAACCACCAUUACAAGUCCUACAACAACAACUACCCCACCUCUUACAACAUCAUCUAGCACUCCUACAACAACUACCACUCCUACAACAACAACUACCACUACAAGUCCUACAACAACAACUACAACUCCUACAACAACAACUAGACGUUCUUCCAUUACACUCAGAAUUUUAAUUGUGAUAUGGAUAUUUCCAAUCAGUACGGGUAACACCGACCUCAGUGACCCAGAUGUUCAACAGAAUAUAGCAAUUGUGAUAUUCAUAUACUAUCGACGCUUCCUUGGAAGUAGAUGCAGGGGUGUAAAGAUCAGAAAUUUACGGCGUGGAAGUCUGAUUGUAGAUUACGAAGUUGAAUAUGAGGACACUGAGGACGCCGCUGCUGAAGUUACAAAGGCAAACAUAGACAUAGUGGGAGGAAAAGAGAAUAUAACGCUACUGAAUGAGACGGUUUCUGCCACAUCAGUUCAGGUUAAUGACACAAUAGUAACCAUGGAAACAGUUGGGAGUUCAGAGACAGUAUGUGAGCUUUUCGUUUUGAGUAAUGGCCCUUGUGACGAAAACUAUUCCUGCUUUGUUGAAGAUGGAACUCCUACGUGUAUACCAGAGGAAAGUCAUUUUGGAAUAUCCGUGUUGAUUGCAGUCACUGUCUCAGUGUUUGUAUUCCUCGUCUUCAUUUCAAUACUCUUAUGCUUGUCUAUCCGAGCAUAUAGGCUUCGGAAGUUUAAACAUAGCCCAGAUUCCUUGACAACGGACUUUACUUAUAUUUACGAACAAAAUUGGCCAUACAAACGCAAUAUAGUCCCAUACGGUUCAAUCGGUGGGUGGCAAGACAUGCCAGUAGGUUAUCUUCCUUAUUCAUGGGAAAUAAUUGGGCAUGGCAAAUAUCACUCAGACAGCCAAGGGCAUAGAACUAACUACAGAAGUGAUCGAGACAGAAACUACAAUCAUGAUGAAAAGAACAACAGAAAACAAUUGCAUAACUAUGUUAGAGUACGCUUGUCACGUGAUAGUACCAACGCUUAAAAUGGAAUGUUAACUUGUCAAUCAAAAUUAGUAUCCGAAAGGGUUGUUCAUAUUGGCGGACCAUGAUACAACACAGACAGCGUAGGGGCCACUCGGAUAAUGAGGGUAUUUUCGUUGACCACUACUCUUUCUAUUACAUAAACAAAGGUUGAUGCGCGUACCACUGAUGUAGCUAUUUUUCACGCCAUAUUACAACAUGACGUCCAGUUUUUUUUUGUGUGUGUAUGCCUUAUAUUUCUUAGUUGUAGGUC